CUUUCUUCCCCCACAGCAGGAGAUAAAAACAACCAUUGACCUUGGAUGAGGGCUGGGAGGCUGCCCUCAUUAGUGUUGGGAAAGACCCAUGAAAUACAAGUCAAAAUACCAUUUGUUGUCUUUCACAUUAGAAUAACUCACAGUCAGAACUUCCUUCUAAAGAGGACAGCAGUUUAUUUAAAGAUGCGGUUCACAGUGAUGUUCUUAACAUGAUUUUAAAAGGACUUGCUUGUUCCUGUUGUGAUAUUUCUCAGAAUGAUUUGGUGAACAAGGAAGAGGAAGCUGUGAAGGCAGCUGUAUAAAAAUUGCCAUCAAAGGCACAAAAUAAUUUGAAAACCAGACAGGCUCUAUUACUCUUUGUUAGCGCCUUGUAUAGCAAUAAACCUAGUUGCUACAACUGUGCCAAAUAAAACCAUGAUACUUGUGUGCCUCUAACACAAUAUUUCUUUCCCAAAUGGUGCCUGAGAGGAACUGAAACAUUUUAUUUCUCUAUACUAGAUUACUUAAAUAGCCCUUUUUGAAUAGCAAUGGUGAUAGCUUCCAUUCAUGUAUUUAUCUGGGGACUGUUUAUUUGGUUUGUUAUAUCAAAUGAUUUAGAAGUAAGAGCUCAAACCCCUGAAGAUACAGCACAGUAUUCAACAGAAAAAUAUAGGAAGAAAAUUAAGUACGUACCUCAGCAUGGUUUUUUAUACCAGAUGAAAUAUUAUUUCCAUUUACAGGCACAAUAACUAGUUUUAUGUUUAUGCAACAUUAUUAGUCCGCAACAAGGGACAAAUACAAACAUAAGACUGAGAGGGAGAGAGCAGGGAAGGGGGAUGUUUCAGUGGACUGGCAUCCUUCCUCGUGACACCAGGAGUGCACAUCAGCUCAAGUUGUUGCUGAUGGUUGGUGCUGCCUCUGAUUAUCUGCUGCCACUUUACCUUAGUUUAAUUUCUUCAUGGAAUAAAACAUAAAGUUAAGUUAAUCAAAUCUUUAGAGAUACAAAGUGGACAGAUUUUCUUCCAAGAGAUAAAGCAGACUUGGUGGCCCUGUCACACCCAUAUGAAUUAAACAUUAGUCAGAUUUUUUGAUCUGAAAAUCCAAGGUUUUUCUAGUCACCGUAUUUUCCUUUAUUUUAAUUAACAUUAGAGUUUUAAACAAUAAUGUAUAAUUUUGUUGAGAAUACUUUGAAUUUUUUGUUUUGCUAGGAAUUUAGAAAAUGUUUAUUUUUGCUUUGUAAAUUCUCAUGGAGGGGGUGGGAGAAAAGAAAAAUAUCAAUCAAUUUUUUACUUACCAAGGCCAUCAAGUGCUAUGAGAGCAAAAGCUGGUACAGGAACAAAUUUUAGAGAAUUCUGUGACAGGUGAGGUCUCUCAGUGUCUUUCAGUAUCAGUGGCCAGAGCUGGAUGUUUUGAAAAUCAUCCCUGGGUUUCUGAAGAGCCUUUGCAUGACAGCAUUAGGCAGAAACCAUCUAAGAAAAUCAAGAUGCACCAUGUCCCUGAGAUGAGUGUGUCAGCUGCAUCACUUUGUUUUCAGCUCUUCACAUUGUAUCAGCAGUUUCACUUCCUUUAGGUGAGCACUUUUCAGCUUCUGUCUUUGUUAUGCAAGUGAAUCAAUUAAACCUAAUUUUAAAUGAACAUCCAAAAUUAUACUUCAUCUUCAAAGGUAGAGCUCUGGUCUCCCAUCAGUGCUUUAACCACAGGCCUGAAGCUUUGGAGCAGCUCCUCCCUUUCCUGCAGAAAUCAAGGGAAUAAGGUUUUCUUUAGAAAAAUGUCAUAUCAAAAUGUUUCUGGUUGUUGUCAUACCAAAAUGUUCCAGUCUUGUGUUGUUACCACUGUGUGUACACUGAUAGGAGAGUUCAUAAAUAGCUUUUGUGGUAUCUUAGUGUGGCCAAACAUGCUGCAGUGGAAAUGCUGUAAUAGCAGAGGGGAAGGAAAGAGUGUUGCUUUAUCUCAUGUGCAACACAUGCAGGCAAGCCCUUAGCUGUUUUUUCCUUUGCAAUUUACAUAUCUCCUAAGUGUUGAGAGUCACAUGAUUUCAGUCUUCCAUUCUAAUUAAGGUGAAGGAAAGGAAGGAUGGGAUGAACAGCACCAUCAAGUCUCUCAGCAAUAGACUGUAUAACAUAAGGUGGAAAGACAUGACAUGAAUACCCUGAGUUUACCACUUAACAUCCGCCGUGGAGGUUCUGAUACCAACCUGAACUUUGAUGUACCUGAUGGGGUUCUAGAAUUUCACAAAGUCAAACUCAGUGCAGAUAGCUUGAAACAGAAAAUUCUCAAGGUUACAGAGCAAAUCAAGGUUGAACAAACAGCUCGAGAUGGAAACGUGGCUGAGUAUUUGAAACUGGUGAACAGUGCAGACAAGCAACAGGCUGGGCGCAUUAAGCAAGUCUUUGAGAAAAAGAACCAGAAAUCUGCCCACUCCAUUGCCCAGCUGCAGAAGAAAUUGGAACAGUAUCACAAAAAGCUCAAGGAUAUUGAACAAAAUGGAUCUUCCAAAGCUACCAAGGAUACUUCCAAAGAUAACUUGAAAGACGUUCAACAUGGAAAAUCUCGUAGCAGUGGGCACGGAACAGAGAGCAGCAAGUCGGGUGUGCCGGGUGUAUCUCUGACACCACCUGUCUUUGUUUUCAGCAAGUCUAGAGAGUUUGCCAACCUGAUUCGAAACAAAUUUGGUAGCGCAGACAACAUUGCUCAUCUCAAAAAUACCCUGGAUGAAUUUCGGCCAGAAACAAGUUCUAGAACCUAUGGGGGCAGUGCCACCAUUGUUGCCAAACCAAAAUAUGUUAGUGAUGAUGAAUGCUCAAGUGGGACCUCUGGAUCGGCAGACAGCAAUGGGAAUACCUCCUUUAGUCCUGCUGUGGCAAGUACCCUGGACAGCCAAGGAAAGCUGUCCAUGAUUUUGGAGGAACUAAGGGAAAUCAAGGAGACACAGUCCCAAUUAGCUGAUGAUAUUGAGAAUUUAAAAACCCAAUUUAAAAGAGACUAUGGCUUUAUUUCUCAGAUGCUACAAGAGGAAAGAUAUAGAUAUGAAAGAUUGGAAGACCAGUUAAAUGACCUCACUGACCUUCAUCAACAUGAGACAGCAAACUUGAAACAAGAGCUAGCCAGCAUAGAGGAGAAGGUGGCGUAUCAGGCCUACGAGCGAUCACGAGAUGUUCAGGAAGCCUUGGAAUCAUGCCAGACCCGGGUUUCCAAACUGGAGCUCCAUCAGCAAGAACAGCAAGCACAGCAGUCUGAAACAGUUAAUGCCAAAGUGCUCCUGGGGAAGUGUAUAAAUGUUAUCUUGGCCUUCAUGACUGUCAUCUUAGUGUGUGUUUCUACUAUUGCAAAGUUCAUUGCUCCUAUGAUGAAGAGCCGUUUUCAUAUCAUCUGCACUUUUUUUGCAGUGACACUGCUGGCAAUAUUUUGUAAAAACUGGGAUCAUAUCAUUUGUGCUAUAGAAAGGAUGAUUAUACCAAGAUGAAGCUGUUUGACUGCCUGGUUUUUUUCUUUUUUUCUUUUUUCUCCCCUUUUUUCUUCCCCUCCCUGUUUUUUAAGCACUGUGUGUAUACAAAUUCUGGUGUAAAUAUAUAAAAGUAUACUUGUUGGCAGUCAGUUGCCUGUUCAAUCUGAGUUUGUCUAACUGGCUGUAUCUGUGAUGAACUGCUCACUUAAGUCAGUCUUCUGCCUUAACCCAAAAGGUUUUCCACUUUCCAAACCCAUACCCACAAGAGAUGGUAUGAUGGUCUGGGAGGGAUCCCAGCGACUGCAAGUGUCAGGUGUGCUUUUUGCUAGGCUGGAGUGCACAGAGUGUGAUCAAGAGGGAGUGCCAUAAUGCGUAUCAGCUCUGCUACAAUGAUAGUUAAUUUUCUCUCUGAAUCCAACUAGACUGAUAAGCCGAACUAUGCAGUCAUGUGUAUUGAUAGUUCUAAAUUAAUGGGUAUCAUUGCAUGGGAUUUUGAGUUUUCAAGAUUAACAAAACUUGAUGCUUCUGCUAGUAACUUUUUGCACAGAGUGUAUUGUUUGUAAAUGAAACCAGUAAUGACUAUUGACCACAGUUAGCAAUUGUUCUGUCCUGGCACUGUUCCUUAUCACAUUCACGAAACACAUACAUGUGGCUUAAGACUUCCAAAGAUGGGCUGAAUUGAAUUAUGACAUCUCCAGGCAACUUUGUAAAGGAGUUAAAAAGCAAGUAACUGGUAGGUAAGUUGUCAUCCACAUCAAAGCACUCAUUUAUUCAAGCCCUGCAACCUGCAAGGGGAAAGAAGUACACAGAAAGGCAACAUUGAGGUUAGCCUUUGUUAGCACUGAAUUGUUGGCGUGUUCUGACUGAAUGAAAAGCAUACAGGUGGUGGGACCCUGGGUACAGUGGAUUUAUUUCUUCUGUCAGAUUCAAGAAUGUGGCAGAAAUACGAGGGAACAGCUUCUUAGGGAGAGCAGGUAGUUCAAUUCUGUAAAUAUAGGAACUCUCAACAAACAUUCCUGAAAAUAAUGUAUUAACAUGCAGUAUCACUACUAGGAGACAGGGUUGGGUUUGUUUUCCCACUAGAAUUUAUUUUGCUGAUUUAAUAACUGAAAAAAAAAAAAUCCAUAAAAUCAGCUUGACUUUCAGCCAUCAUAUAAACCAAGAUCUUUGUUAAAAAUAAACAAGCAAACAAAAAACCACCACAAAACAAGCUACCACAACCAGAAUUCUUCUCCACACUCCAUUAAGUGAAAAAAAGUGUCUUCACUUAUUUGAUGUUCAGUGUUAGUAACUGUGAAAAUAAUUGUCAUUACAUAUUCUCUUUUCAGUUGCAGUAUUUUUUAUGCUGGUAUUAUGGGAGGGAGGGCAUAGUUUGAUGUGUAUGUUUCUUUUUAAUCAAGUGCAAUAGUUUGUAUAGAAUUUGUGAAGACCUUAUGCUAAGGAAAGGGAGUGGGUGAGGGGAAGGCAGGGAAGAACUCUGACAUUUUACCACAAUCAGAUAAACAGUGAAUAGUUACUAUUUGUGGCUUCAGGAACUAAAGAAAGGACAGAAUUAACUUAAUAAAUAAUGAUACAACUUAGCAUUUAGAAAAUUCAAUUUAAAUACUUAUAAAUAUUUAAAGAAUUCUUUAUAUGUCCUAAGUCUUUGCACAGAGAAUCAGGAAGGACUCUGCUGGUGUGCAGUCACUGGAAAUGGAUCAGAUCAGGCACACCCAUGUUAUCUUAACCUAGCCCUACCUCAUCUCAAGUGGGAAGUGGAGUGGAAACCAAAACCAAACAAACAAAAGCCCAAACAAGACCAAUUACUGAUUCUGAUCCUAAGAAUGCUGUGACUUUUCAUGAUGUUUUCUUGCCAUCUCUAUUAUACUCUCUGUUUUUCUCUUCAGUUUGCACAGCCAGCUUCUGCAUUGGCCUCCUGAGAAAAUAGUUUAGCAUUUUGUUGAAUGGGUUCAGAAAGGUAGAUGUUCAAGAAAGGAAUACCAUGUGUUAAUGAUGUUUACAUAAGAAAAACUCCUUUGCCUAUUGCAUGAUUAUACAUUUAUAUAAUCCUCCCAUUGCUGUUUUAUGUAGUUGAAAUGUUACAUCAGGUAGCCUCAAGGACAGGUAGGAGAAAGGUUAGUAUUUUUCUUAUAACAAAGGAUGUUGGUGUGGUAAUUCACUUUCCCUUCACACCUGGGAAUGUGAAGGCUUCUGCUCCAAGGGCAUCCUAUUAUAGCUCUGGAAGAUAACCUCGGUGCAAAAUGAAGGUAGAAUCUAAAAUUUAUGUCUCUGCAAAAGAUUGCUCACUGUCUUGACAGAAUCUGACAGGGCCUAAAUUCUAAAUUGGAAACAGGUCUUGUGCUUCCAUAUUGGCUUUACAUCUGGCAGAGGACAUAGAAAAAGCUAUAAAGGCUGCAUAGCAUUAGUUAUGUAAAUUAAAACAACCUAAUUGGUGAAUGGGUGCAUCUUUUCUCUAGGUUAUUUUCUCUGCUGGGUUUAAAUCACUGAAGGAUGUGACACACAUCAAGAAAAUAAUAAAAAGUGUAAAGUGAAGGGCAAAUGACUGCUUUUGAGUGAAACUGUUAUAGUUUUGUACAGAGUGAGACUAGUUCCGGGAGCUCUGCCAUGUGGAAGGCCACCCAAGAAGGGAGGUCUCCCAUCCUGCCUUCACCAUUGUAUUUCCUCCCUUGUGCUAACACUGGUAAGUGGUGAAGUCUUCCAUAUGCCAUGUUAGCUCAGUAGACUGGAAGAAAAACCUGGUGAAAGAGGUAGAUGGUUCUCCACAUCCAGAGACUUAAAGGGCUGGUAAAAAGGUUGCAUGAGUAUGACACUGGGAUUUUACAGGAGAUGAGCUUUUUUCUUCUUGUUGCAGUGAAUCAUUAGCUGUCCCUAAAACUGGGCUUCAGGAAGACUCUCUGCAGAUUGUUGGGGCAGCUUCCAUGUAGGAAAGUUCUUCAUAACUUUUUCCGACAGGAAACAGAUACAAACAGCUCCAUGGUGGGACAGGCUAGCCACCUGUGCCUAUACUCAGGGUCAAGAGAAGGCUGGUGCCUGAGCUAGCCAGAGCUGAUGCCUCUGCUAUUAGCUUCAGUAUGGGCAUCACUUCCCCCCUUUAGGCUGGGACUGUGUAUUUUACCUAUUAGAGUGUGUAUCUGGCCUGCAGUCUGAGCUCUGCUUCCUGUGAAACUAUGCCUAGGCCAACCCAAAGACCUGCAGUUCUCUGUUCUCAAUCAGUUAACCAUGUUCUGUCAGGAUACCUUUUGCUUUUAUAUUCUCAUACAACACAUCAGACAUUCUUAGGAUACUUCUUACAUCUACUCAUCAGCCUCUAAAACACUCCCACUCAACAAAAAGUUGCCAGACAGUGUCUUUUCUGCUUGGUGCUGCCUGGUAUGCAAGUAUUUCACUUCACUUUGGUAGUACUUCUCUGAUGGAAAAGCCCUUCAAUAAGCUGUUAAUACCUUUUCUACUGUUUGUUAGCUUUUUGUUUGGAGGUUUCUGGAGAUUUAGUUUCUUAUGAAAGUUAGCACAAUUGUCCUGAUUUCUCCUAUUUCAACAUUCAGGACUACAUGAGGUUUCCUCUAAAAAUUGUCUAAUGUAUCUCUUUGCUAGCUUCAACUCCAUUAUUGUUGAAAGUCCAAUUAGUGAUUGGCAGGACUGAUUGAGACCCAGUUUAAAUUCCUUCUUUCUGCUUUAUAUUAUAUACAUUCAUGCAACUUCUCAUUUUAUUGCAGUCCUGUGAUGUCUAUUUGCUCUGAAUUCUUAGAGAGGCACUAAAAAACUUCACUGUAUUUUAGUUUAAUAUCAAAAUGUUUGUGUUAUGCAGUGCCUCUACUGCAGGACAUCUAUCAAUAUAGAUCUGAUCUCUGCCCUCCAGGAAGGAUAUUUAAAAGCCAAUGGUUUUCUGUGAACAAAUAAUGUCUGCUUACCUGGGGAAUAGCAAUGCAAAGGGUGAAGACAAUUUGAUGUAGGAAAGAUAUGUGAUCCACUCAUCAGGAGUCAAAGCUAGACAAAUUCAGUGUAAGCAUAAGGUUCAGUUUUGCAAUCAUAAGGGUUGCCAGCUAAUUAUUAGCUACUGAAUUACAUAAUAAACAAGGACUCAAACAUUUGAAGUUGAAUUAGUUCACACUUAUGUUUGAUACAAAGUUAACUGCACAAUAACAACUAGUGCUUUCUGAAAUCAAAAUCAUUGAACAAGAAAUUGAGGAACAAAACAAGAAAAUGCAGAAGCUUGUAGUUCAUUUAGAAGGUACAAGAGCAAAUUUUCUUGUUUGGUUGUCCAAACCAAGUCCCUUCCCACUGUGAUUGAGACAUUUUACUGCUGGAUUCAAUGAUACAACAGAAGAGAAACAGACAUUAAUGUAAUUAAACACUUUAAUUUUGAUAGCAGAAUUUAAUCCCUUCUGAAAGUACAUCUAGAACUAGUAAUCAGGCAAAUAUGUUCUCUGCUAUUUUAAAUCAACCAAAUAUAUGCUAUCUUCAUUCACCAUCAUGCCAGAACAUGGCCUUUAAGUACAGAUGAUGAAGGGCUUGUUUUCAGAUAAAUUUGGGAUGGUCUCUCUGAUGCUAAUCCUGCACAAAGUAUCAGACAAUUUUACAUUGCAACAGUGAAAGACAAAGAAAAGUUUUAUUUUAGUCAAUGAAAUUGCUUAUUUUCCCUGAAAAAUCCAACUGAGAUGAUUCUGUAUAUAAGGACUGCAUGAGGCCAAGUCAAACUGUCUAGUAUGGUUGAUUUGCUGUACGUUUAGCAUAUUAAGUUGUACUGUUGUUGGAAAGCUUUGCACAGAGCCACCUUUCCUUUUUACCCAGCGAAUCUGGGUCUGGUAGUAUCAAGGUGUACCAAAAAUUGUCUACUUUUAUUGACUAAAGUUAAUUGUCUUGGUGUGUGACCUGCAAUGUUUCUCAUAGUAUUUCCAUUUUGUGUAGCACUGUGGAAAGAUUCAACAUAUGAAAAUGUAAUUUUUGUAUAUUUGGUUGUGUAGUCAUGACUGCCCCUCUAAGGUGCCAUUAACAUUUUUUAAAAUAAAAAUAUUUACAUUUAUUUGAUGAUGAA